CCAGCGGGGCCCCUGACGUCACACCAAAUCCCCCUCCAGUCACGUGGUGCGGAGAUGAGCUGGAUUAAUGCAGCGGUAGGGAACAAACGGGACGGUAACGGGAAACGGAAACAACUCAGGAUUUAACGGCGACCGAAUGCUGCGACGAUGAUUUCGCCGUGGGACAGAUGGUACACGACCAGCUGCUGCCUGUGUUGUCAUGUACGGACGGGCACCAUUAUCCUGGGCAUCUGGUAUAUGCUCAUCAAUGCAGUGGUUUUGUUAAUCCUGUUGUCGGCUCUCAAUGACCCAGUCCAGUACCACUACCACCUCACCAGCUCCGAACUCGGCACGGACUUGGACGUCAUGGACGAUGCAAACAUGUGUAUCGCUGCUGCAAUCUCAUUGCUGAUGAUUUUGAUUUGUGGAAUGGCAACCUAUGGUGCAUAUAAGCAACAUGCUGCAUGGAUCAUUCCUUUCUUCUGCUACCAGAUCUUUGACUUUGCUCUUAACACACUGGUAGCAAUAAGUGUUGUUGUUUACCCCAACACUAUACAGGACUAUCUUCAGCAGUUGCCUGGGACCUUUCCAUACAAAGAAGACUUGAUGUCCACGAACAACGUGUGCCUAGUAUUAGCAGUGCUUCUCUUUGUCGGAUGCAUCUUAGCCUUUAAGGCUUACCUUAUUGCCUGUGUCUGGAACUGCUACAGAUACGUCAGUGGAAGAAGCACUACAGAGGUUUUGGUUUAUGUCACCACAAAUGACACUACAGUACUACUUCCACCCUAUGAAGAGGCAAUUGGCAUUCCACCGAAGGAUCCCCCUCCCCAGUACGUUUCAGCUUGAGAAUCGCACCACUCUCUUACUACGCUGCUCCCAAACCUUCUCCAAAGAAACAAUCUUGUCACAAUAGCCCAUUCCGUUGCCCCGGUCUCCUGUUUGUCGCUGUGUGACGUAAGUCUCCUCUCUCCUCUCCUCUCUGGAGGCAGCAGUAUGACUUUGAGACGCCCUUCCCUCGAAAAGGCUGCCCAGCUGUCCUGGCAACCAGUGUGUCAGCUCCAAUCUGAUUUGCACUUUUGGCGAUUAUGUGUGGCACUGGCCUUUUUAAUACUGUGAACUACUCAGUAGUGUUGUCGUCUACUGAUAUACCUGAGAUUUGAAUGCAGCGUGCAUGAUAAACACGGGAGUUACGUAAGAGCACUUUUCAAAUGGGAAUUACCUAGAAAUAUACUGAAUGUAAGAAGCCGGCAUUUUCACUCUAAUUUCAUUGUACUGUACGAAAUGAAAGAAAUUUGAAUUCUGGUUCAGAAUAUUAACUAAAUUAGUUGUAAAAAAAAAAAAAAACAAACAAAAAAAACAAGCAAAGCUACAUAAUUUUAUCUAACAAAGUGAAAUCUUUCAAGUCUUCCUUUAUACACAAUGCAAUCAUUUGUUAAUAUUGUCUUUCAAUAAAUCUAUUGCUAAUCAUUACUUUGAUGUCACAAGGACGGUUGUUCCUGCUGCUUGUGCACAGUUUCAAAGUUGUAUACACUUAAUAUACGUGAUCACUCUGAUUUAGAUGAGAAGUCAAGAAGAUUUGAAACAUUUUAAAGAUUCUGUUGACUGGGUUUCAUGCGUCGUGGGGGAUCUGACUUUUACAAAGGGAUGUGGUGAUGGAAAAAAGUAUGAGAUGGCAGGAAAAAUUAUAUGCCAAUGCUGUUGCAUUCCCCAGAGAAACUUUGCGUUCGCUUGCAAAAUGUUUGCGAUCUUCUGAGAAACUUCAUGUUCGCUUGCAAAAUGUUUGCAAGCUCCAGAGAAACUUUGCGUUCACUUGCAAAAUGUUUGCAAGCUCCAGAAAAACUUUGCUUUAGCUUGCAAAAUGUUUGCGAUCUUCCGAGAAACUGCGUUCGCUUGCAAAAUGUUUGCGAUCUUCCAAGAAACUUUGUGUGCGCUUGCAAAAUGUUUGCGAUCUUCCGAGAAACUUUGUGUGCGCUUGCAAAAUGUUUGCGAUCUUCCGAGAAACUUUGUUCGCUUGCAAAAUGUUUGCGAUCUCCAGAGAAACUUUGCGUUUGCUUGCAAAAUGUAUGCGAUCUUCCGAGAAACUUUAUGUUUGCUUGCAAAAUGUUUGCAAUCUCCCAAGAAACUUUGCAAAAUGUUUGCAAGCAAACGUUUUGCAAGAUAAUGCAAAGGUUUGCGAACUAAUGCAGAGUUUCUCAGGGGAAUGCAAAACUUCUGCAAGAGAAUGCAAAAGCAUCGAAUUAUAUUUUUUCCAUCACCAUGUCCCUUUAGGGGCUCCGUACACUUCAGAUUAAAGGACUUGUCACUCGUUUUAUUAAAAAAAAAAAAGUAAAGAAAAAAAAAAUCUGGGUUAAGGUGUGGUCACAUUUACUUUUUCAGUAGGCUUCCACACAAUUGUGAUGGUAAAAGAUUUUCCUACACAGAUUUCGCAACAAGUUUAAAUGGGUAAUGCAAAUGUGCUGCAUUGAUGAACAGAAGGCUACUUGGUUUGAAAGUGAUUCUGUGUGAGUUGUUUUAUGCAUCGCUACACUAUUGACAAGAGAGAAUGGAACUUUUGCCUAUGAAAUUUUGCUGAAAUUUCAGUAAUGUGACCACAUCUUUACAGUGAGGCAUUUAGAAUAGAAGUGAAUUGGGCCAUCCGUAAACGUUAAAAUACUGUUUUAAUUGUACACAGAAACAGUGUGUGUUAAUGAUUUUAGUGUGAAAAUCACUUAACCUUUCUAUGUGAAGUUAUAUCUAAUUUUACAACUUCAUCUCCAUGACAUGUAUUGUCUAAAAUGCUAAAUUGAACGAUUUAAACAUUUUUACCACUCAAUAUACAAGUUUUAACAGAAUUCAUGUAAGUCCUUUCAUAAAAUUAGAAGCUUCACAUUUCUACUUUUAAAUCCUACAAAAAUUGGCCCCAUUCACUUCUAUUGUAAGUACCUUGAUUUUUGCUUUUCAACAAGGGACAUUUUGUGGUAAUCAACUAUGUGCAACAAAUGCUGUCGAUUGAUCUAAACGUUCAUUGAACCAGGACAGUGCUCAAAUGAAUAAAUGAGAAUUAUGUGUAAGGAGAUAAUUUUUGUAGUUUGUUGAAGUUACAUGCUCCUGUUCAGCAGUAGUAUAACUUUUCUGUCAUUAUCACUAGGUUACAAUCUGUGGCUGCAGACUGCAAUGUUUUUGCACAUAUGAAUAUUAUUCAUUCAUGUUAUUGUCUGUGAUGAACGGUGUGUUAAUCAGUAAUUUGUGACAAAUGAAAAGUAAAGGACAUGACUGCCGACAAUAGCAUCUAGCUCAGUUCAAAUGACAUGGCAUCUCCCCCAGUCAUCUAGCUUAAAGUAGCUUCUGUUAUUGGGAACAUUUUUAUAUACAGUGGCUAUGCAAGGGUAUUUUGUAAUAUGUAUCCAUAGCUGACAAUGUCUAUGUACUUAAAUUUAUUCAUCAUGGUAACAUUAGGUAUAGAAGCAUUAAUGAACAUAUUAGAGAUUGAUAGAUGUAGACAUUUCCUUUCAUUGUUCUGAGCGUAGACUUUCAUCUUCAAUUCAGCUUCAAAUAAGCAAUGUUUUUCGUGAAACACAACUUUCAGAAUAUUCUGUGUAUUUGGAAUAUUGCUUUUGGUAUCAAAUGUGACCUGUAAAUUUUAUUAUUCUCACAAUAUUUCUCAUGAAAAUGAAAUGAUUAUUAAUGGAUAUCACAGAAAUGAACUCUCAGAAACCCAGAACAAUGUUUGUCAGUAGGUAGAAUGACUGUGAGUGUUUGUCUUUCUUGUUACACAUCAUGUAUUGGGUUGAUACUUGCUUAUGUCUUAUUUCUAAACAAUAAAAUAUUACAGUAAUGCUUCA